AUGGACGAAUUCCAACGUCGACGUAUUCAACAAAUGUUAGAUGAUGCUGGUGAUGAGGAAAUCUGGGGUGAUAUUUCUAGUGAUGAAAAUGAAGAUGCUGAACAAUCACAAGUUUCGAAUCACGAUACAGACACAGAACAGUCGGGAUACUCGGAUGAAGAUAAUGCUAUUACACGCGAUACUAUUGAUGUUUGUGGUGAAAAAAGUUAUCAUGAAUCUGAUGACGACUUACCUUUGGCUAUGCGGUUGGUCGAUUCGUAUUAUGGUAAAGAUGGUACUAAAUGGAACCGUGAAAAACCACUUCAGAUAAGACGAGCCCAUGCACAGAAUGUUCUUACCGAGAAAUCAGGUGUAAAAGAAAUUGCGAGACAAGCGAAAACUAUAGUAGAUUCGUGGUAUAUAUUUUUUCCAAAAUCUAUGUUGGAAAUUAUAGUCAAAUGUACGAACGUAUACAUCCAAAAGGUACGACCAAAUUUUACGAGGGAACGAGAUGCUUCUGACACAAAUAUUGCAGAAAUAAAAGCUGUCAUUGGAAUUCUUUAUAUGAUAGGUGCUAUAAAAUGUGGACACCGAAGUUCGGAAGAUUUAUGGAAAAAGGAUGGAACAGGGGCAGAACUAUUUUCGUGCGUAAUGUCAGAACGAAGAUUCCGGUUUAUACUCCGUUGCAUUAGAUUUGAUGACGUUCGAGGUCGAAGUGAACGACAUAAAAUUGAUAAAAUAACACAUAUACGGACAAUAUUUGAAAUGUUUGUGAGCAGUUGUAAAACGGCAUACUCCAUGUCUGAAUAUACCUGCAUCGAUGAAAAAUUACAAGCGUUCCGUGGAAAAUGUUCAUUUCGUCAAUACAUACCGAGUAAGCCAGCAAAAUAUGGAAUAAAAAUAUUUGCCCUCUGCGACAAUUUAAAUUUUUACACAGGAAAUCUUGAAAUUUAUGCUGGUACACAACCUGAUGGGCCGUUCAAAGUUGAUAAUGGAGCCGCUAGUGUUGUCAAACGGUUAAUUCAACCGAUUUCAAAAACUGGUAGAAAUGUUACUACUGACAACUGGUUUACCAGUGUUGAGUUAGCUAACGAUUUACAAAAUACACAUAAACUUUCACUACUAGGUACUUUACGGAAAAAUAAAAGACAGAUCCCCCCCGAGUUUACUCAAACAAAACACCGAAUUAUAACAUCUUCGUACUUUGCAUUUAGUAAAAAUCAAACGUUGGUUUCAUACAUGCCGAAAAAAAUAAAAUAA